UGUCUCUCUUGACUCAGUACUUGAUAUCCACUCAUUGUCAUGGCCAAGUUCCCUGAAAUCGAGGGCGGUGGCUCUCUCAUGCUCGCAUGGCAGAUCCGUAACAAACUGGUGCUCAUGGUGGGCGGCGGCGAGGUAGCCGCUGGUCGCAUUCUGAACCUCCUCAACUCGGACGCAAAGGUCCGUCUCAUCAGCCCUCGCGAUGGCCUCAACGAUGAAGUCGCAUACCGUGUCGAGCAAGGCCUCGUCGAAUACCACGAUCGCACUUUCGAGCCCUCAGAUCUGGAUGAUCCCAACAUUGCCAUGGUCAUGACCGCCAUCGACGACCCCGAAGCCUCGACUAUGAUCUGGAAGUUGUGUAAAGAGAAGAGAAUCGUCGCCAACAUUGCCGAUGUACCACCAGAGUGUGACUUCUACUUUGGAAGUCAGUACAGAGACGGUCCUCUGCAGAUCAUGGUCAGCACAAGUGGAAAUGGUCCCAGAAUGGCCAAUAUUGUCCGCAGAAGGAUUGCUGCCGCCUUACCGCCAAACAUGGGCGAGGCCAUCAAAAAGGUUGGCGCCCUGAGAAAGAAACUGAGAGUCGUCGCUCCUGGAAACGAGGAGGGUCCAAAGAGAAUGAAGUGGAUGAUCAAGGUUUGCGACAAAUGGACUCUUGAGGAUUUCUGCACAAUGGAAGAGCGCGAUAUGGAGGCCUUACUCGAGAGCUAUGCGCCAGAUGUUGUCCCUACGCUGGAACAGGUUCGACUAGGCGAAGACCCCGAUGUCUGGGAAUUCGAUGGCUCUUUUGGCUGGUCUAUCUAGAGCCGACGAAGAAAUACGUGUACGAAUUGGUGUAUGGCGUAUGCUUAGGGGUAUGGAAUACCAAAACAUGACAUGGCAAUAGAUCUUCCCUUCAAUGUAUUAUAUGACUUUCAAAAAAUAAAGGUUAGCGUGUUCACCGAACACGCUGGCUGGCUUCAUGAACCUUG